CAUGCUAGUUUGGAACCUGAAGGGUUUUGGGUAAUUACUGUCAGCCAAGAAGUGGGCAUCUUCUAUUACUGGGCUGAUGUGGCUGAAUGCACCAACUUUGUGAGCGGUAACAUUCAGAAGUGGUACCCUUUGUUCCAAAAGGCACUUGAGGUAUAUAUGAUACAAUAUAAC